AUGGGUGGCUUUGGAGUCUCACUUCAAAGGCACCAGUUCGUCCUCCUCGUGCUCUUUCUUUUGCACAUUCAGAGUCUGGGUCUGGACAUGGAGAGUCAUCCUACCACUGAAGUCUGUGCCACACACACCAUUUCACCAGGACCCAAAGGAGACGAUGGUGAAAAAGGAGAUCCAGGAGAGGAGGGAAAGCUCGGCAAAGUGGGACGCAUGGGGCCAAAAGGAGUUAAGGGAGAACUGGGUGAUGUGGGAGACCAAGGCAACAUUGGCAAGACUGGGCCCAUUGGCAAGAAGGGUGACAAAGGGGAAAAGGGUUUGCCCGGGAUUCCUGGAGGAAAAGGCAAAGCAGGUACUGUCUGCGAUUGUGGAAGAUACCGGAAAGUUGUUGGGCAACUGGACAUUAGCGUUGCUCGCCUCAAGACAUCUAUGAAGUUUGUCAAGAAUGUCAUAGCAGGAAUUAGGGAAACGGAUGAGAAAUUCUACUACAUCGUGCAGGAAGAGAAGAGCUACAGGGAAUCCCUGACCCACUGCCGGAUCCGGGGCGGCAUGCUAGCCAUGCCCAAGGACGAAGCUGCCAACACACUCAUCGCGGACUAUGUAGCCAAGAGUGGCUUCUUCCGGGUCUUCAUCGGGGUGAAUGACCUUGAGAGGGAGGGACAGUAUGUGUUCACGGACAACACCCCACUGCAGAACUACAGCAACUGGAAGGAGGGAGAGCCCAGCGACCCCUAUGGUCAUGAGGACUGUGUGGAAAUGCUGAGCUCAGGCAGGUGGAAUGACACGGAGUGCCAUCUUACCAUGUACUUUGUCUGUGAGUUUGUCAAGAAGAAAAAGUAACUUCUCUCAUGCUACACAUUGGUUAUUCCCUGUGACUACCAUUGCUGUUCUUUUUAAUCUAUCCUUUUCUUUCUAGUUAUGCUAUAUUUGUUCUGACUCAGGACAAGUGGGAAAUGCUAAAUUGAGGUUUGGAAUCUCUAUCGCCCUGUUCUUUGGUGACAGUUUUAGACAUUUGUUUAUAUAGUAUAGUAUUGAGCCAACAGCUUACAUGGGUCUCAAGAGAGAGUUUGAAUUGCUAGUUUUGUGGGAGGUGGUUGUUUAUGCCUCAAAUAAA